GAACUUAACAGUGUGACAUCCAGCGGAAGUAAAUACAAACGCUAGUAGCGUUAUCUGCGUGCAUGUAUUCAAUUAGCUGAAAGACGAUAUUGUAGCUAAUAAUUUAAUUGUAGUAGUAGCGCAGGUAAUAAUUUCAUUUGUAAUUAGGCAACAAUGUCUUCGGUCGAGUAUUUGAGAGCGUUUGUCAACGAGCGAUUAACUGCUGCUGCUGAAGAAAUAUUCGGAGUUUUAAAAAAUGCUAUCAUCGAGUACGAGGAAGAGAUCGAUCGUCAGCGCAGACUGCUGGAUAUCUUUUGGAAACCCGUAAUACAGUUACAAAGGAUAGAGCUCCCACAGCAACAUGUCUGUACGGAGGAGGAGGUUCUCGCUGACCAGCAGCUCUGUAUUCAGGAGAGGAACUCCAGUCUGGACCAAGAGGAGCCAGAGGCUCCACAAAUUAAAGAGGAACAGGAGGAACUCUACACCAGUCAGGAGGGAGAGCAGCUUGUACUGAAACAGGAGACUGAUACCGUCAUGCUGACUGCUACUUAUGAGGAUAGUGAGCACAGUGGACCAGAACCAAAAAGUGACCACCAGCUCGUCUCUUACAACUCUCAUGUAGCUGAGAGCCAAGAUCAGAAAGGAGGCAAUCAUGGAGACUCAGUACUGAAAUCUUAUAUAAUAAUCCACACAGAGCUCCCACAGCAACAUGUCUGUACGGAGGAGGAGGUUCUCGCUGACCAGCAGCUCUGUAUUCAGGAGAGGAACUCCAGUCUGGACCAAGAGGAGCCAGAGUCUCCCCAGAUUAAAGAGGAACAGGAGGAACUCUGCACCAGUCAGGAGGGAGAGCAGCUUGUACUGAAACAGGAGACUGAUACCGUCAUGCUGACUGCUACUUAUGAGGAUAGUGAGCACAGUGGACCAGAACCAAAAAGUGACCACCAGCUCGUCUCUUACAACUCUCAUGUAGCUGAGAGCCAACAUCAGAAAGGAGGCAAUCAUGGAGACUCAGUACUGAAAUCUCAUAUAAUAAUCCACACAGGUGAGAAGCCAAAUACUUGCAAAACGUGUGGGAGAGCUUUCAGACAGAGAAGUGACUUGACAGUCCACAUGAGAACCCACACUGGUGAAAAGCCAUAUACUUGCAAAACAUGUGGGAGAGCUUUCAGACAGACAGGUUCCUUGAAAGCCCACAUGAGAACCCACACUGGUGAGAAGCCAUAUACUUGCAAAACAUGUGGGAGAGCUUUCAGACAGACAGGUUCCUUGAAAGCCCACAUGGUAACCCACACUGGUGAAAAGCCAUAUACUUGCAAAAUAUGUGGGAGAGCUUUCAGACAGACAGGUUCCUUGAAAGCCCACAUGAGAACCCACACUGGUGAAAAGCCAUAUACUUGCAAAAUAUGUGGGAGAGCUUUUACACAGACAGGUGCCUUGAAAGCCCACAUGGGAACCCACACAGGUGAGAAGCCGUACCUUUGCAAGACAUGCGGGAAAAGAUUCAUUGAUAAUUCAACACUGAAAAAGCAUAUGAGAACCCACACGGGUGAGAAGCCGUAUACUUGCAAAACAUGUGGGAGAGCUUUCAGACAUAGUGGUGAUUUGACAGUCCACAUGAGAACCCACACUGGUGAGAAGCCGUACCUUUGCAAGACGUGCGGGAAAAGAUACUCUGAUGCGUCUCAGUUGGCAAGGCACAUAAGAUUGCAUACAGGCAAGUAGUCUUGUAUUUGAAAAUUAGGUGGGAGACGAUUCCGUUCGAGUGGUUUAUUGUCAAAAAACACAAGAACUCACAGAAGAGAGGAGCCACAUUAUUGCAGCACAGGAUCAAUAUACACGGGAGAAACCAUCGAGCUGAAACUCCUGUGGACACGUAAUGAAUGAAAUACACUUCUGCAGUAGCUACAUCUCCGUAACUGAAGGUAAAAUGAUUUCCAUAAAGACGAGAUCUCGAUAUCUUAGUGUAAAGUCCCACCCCCAUAUGACUAUUACUUAUAUUUCUGUUAGCAACAGUAUUUAUUUGAAACAAUCGUAAUCUCCUAAAUCGAGGAAAGAUGUUAGUUUGACAGUGAGUGCACAGUAAUGACUGUUAAAGUAAUGGUGUGAUGUAAAUGGUUGUUGGUUUUGCCAAAUGUCUGUUCAUGAAGCAUCUCGGAAUCAUUUUUAGUUUAAAGUUUACAAGGAUUUAAAAUCCACGCACCUCAAGUAGUAUUCGAUAGUUCUAUACGAAGCCUGCUACAUAUCUUUGCAAGAAAUCUGAUUUUACUUUUGAGGGUUACUAACAUCACUGUUACAUCACUUAUAUUGCCAUAUAAAAAGUCCUAUUAAAUGUGAAUGUGUCUCCUUUUUGCUAUUUUUAUACACUACCUCACUUAUGUGUCUGACCAACAGACUAAAUCCCAAAUCUGGCCGUUAUUGCUUGAUAAAUGACUUAAAAGAUGAACUGAUUAUCCUAAUAGUUGCUGGUUAAUGCCAAUUAAUCUUAAAGAAUACCAUGGAGACUCUGUAUCAACUAGAAAUGCAGAGCCAAAACCACAGAAGAGACAUCAUAAAAGCAAUAGUCACUAACAAUGUAACCCUACCAUGAUAAAGAUUCACUGUAAUACUUGCACAGGUCAAAAGGCUUUAAAAUGUGACACAUGGGAUGGUUUUUAAGCAUAAGUCAAGAUUGCAGAGACACCUGAGCAUCCGUAUGCAUGAGAAGCCAUAUUCUUGCAAAACAUGGGAGAGGUUCAGUAAAAAGAUGUUUAAACUCA